GUGUGCUUUUUUUGCGACAGUUCAGGAAGCAUCUACAAACACCCACAGAAACGAGCAAGAGUUGGUGCUUUCUCCUGUGAAGGAGUACAGCAAAAGCAGCACCAUGUUGCCGACCACCUCGCCGAACAGCAACGGCGCCCUCAGUUCCAGGGAUGCUGCUCGCCACACAGCAGGUGCCAAACGCUACAAGUACCUGAGGCGGCUGCUCCACUUCAGACAGAUGGACUUUGAAUUCGCCCUGUGGCAGAUGCUUUACUUGUUUACGUCACCACAGAGAGUGUACCGCAACUUCCACUACAGGAAACAGACCAAGGAUCAGUGGGCCAGGGACGAUCCUGCCUUUUUGGUCCUGCUCAGCAUCUGGCUAUGUGUAUCAACAAUAGGCUUUGGUCUUGUGCUGGACAUGGGAGUUGUGGAGACUCUGAAACUCCUGCUGUGGGUGGUCUUUGUUGACUGUAUAGGAGUCGGUCUGCUCAUAUCAACCUUUAUGUGGGUGAUCAGCAACAAAUACCUGCUAAAACAACCCAGCAGAAACUUUGAUGUGGAGUGGGGCUACGCGUUUGAUGUUCACCUCAAUGCGUUCUACCCGCUUCUCGUCAUCCUGCACUUCCUGCAGCUUUUCUUCAUCAACCACAUUGUGGUGAUAAAUUCAGAAUGGUUCCUGGGAUACUUCGUUGGGAACACUUUGUGGCUGAUCGCCAUUGGUUAUUAUCUUUAUAUCACCUUCUUGGGCUACAACGCUCUACCCUUCCUGAAGAACACCGUGGUGCUGCUCUACCCCUUCGCUCUGCUUGGCCUCAUCUACAUCCUCUCCAUCUCGCUCGGUUGGAACUUUACUCAGGGCCUCUGCUGGUUUUACAAGCACAGAGUCGAGUAGAACCAGUUUGCCUCUGAGGAUGGACACUAACUGGCUCUCGGCCAACUCUAAAUCUAUUUUAAAUUCACAUCUACGUGACAAUGAAUCCAUUCCCAGCUGCUGUCAGGCAACAUGUGGUUGAGGGGGAUCUCUAGUCGAUUCUUAGUGAACUGGGACUUUACUGUUCAGCUCUAAUGUUGAGUUGGAGCUCCAGCGUCAGUGAUGUGUUUGGACUAGUUGCAGAAACAACGGGGACAGAUGACGCGCAGCUUUUAUUGGUGUUCCUUUUGUAUGAUUUGUAAAUAGUACUCGGCAGGUUGUAAUAUAUACCCAGAGGGUUGUUUCUGAAGAGGAUAAGUGCGCUUUGUUUUUUUGAGUUUUCUUAAAAAAGACAGAAAAAAUUCAAAUCCUGCUUAUUGAAGAGAAAAAGUGAAAGUGGAGGAAUGUAGGAUGCACAUUUUUUUUUUUCCAUUUUCUUUUUUUUCUCAAAGUGUACAUUCCAAAGCACUUUCAAUAAAAGGUUUUAUGAACUUAAA